AUGUCAAGUUAUACAUGUUCAACUUGUGGAAGAGAGUUUAGUCAUUGUGCUUUACUACGAAAUCACAUAAAAGUUCAUGAUAAUGCAGUAGUUGACAAAGCUUUACAAAAAAUUUCUGAAGAAGAAGAACAGGCCUGUGAACAACUAGAAGAAGAGGAGGAGUUGAGUUAUGAUGAACAACUAGAAGAAGAGGAAGAAUUGAAACAACUUAAAGAAGAGGAGUUGAGUUAUGAUGAACAACUUGAAGAAGAAGAGGAGUUUGGUUACCAAAAAUAA